AUGAAGUGGCAUCGUUUGAAAACUUUCCUUUCAAAGGAAAAGCCGAAGAGAGAAAGAAGAAAAAGGAAAGAUUUAGAACAUGAGCUUUGUAAAAGAAUCAAAACAAUCAACGAAUAUGAAGAGGAAUUGUUGCAAGGCUGGAAUACUUUGGAGGAAACUGAUUCAAGAAAUGAAAGAAAAACUCAGUUAUGGCUAGCGGUUAAAGAGCGCCACGAUAAAGCCACAAGAGAUAAACAAAUAUUGAUGGAUGAAAUUGAACGGUUGGAGAGUGAACUGAAGAGAGCACUGAAAAAGCGGAUGGAAUCCUUAAGAGAACAGAUCCAGGUGACAUGGCGGGUACUACAGCUAACGAAGAAAAAAGCAGCUAUUGAGCGGAAAAGCGUGAUGAUUCUGGACAUGAAGGCUUGCCAUGACCGGCAAGGAGAGAAACAAGAAAGGCGUGUAAACCUGCGCCGCACGCGUUCACAAAGUGACAUACCAAGAAAUGCAUUAUGCAAUAGGUUAUGA